AUGAAAGUUUUGCAAACAUUACACCAAAAAACCAGGCUACGCCUCGAACUCCCAGUUCAUUUCGACAGCCCUGUAAGACUUUUUGCCUUUAAAGCAUUGAAUAAUAACAUUGAUAAGCUAGACACUAACAUUUAUUUUAUAACACCAAACCGAAGCUUGCUGAGGCACCCAGAUAUUUCUUGCAUUCUUGGAACAGGAGGAAAGUCUCCCCGGCUGACACAGUCUUCCGGGUUCUUGGGAAAUCUCUCCAUGGUCUCUAAUCUGGAUGACAGUCAUUGGGCAACUGCAUUCUCAGCGCAGCGUUCCGGACUUUUCACAGAUCCCCAGAAUGUGACCGAGGACGUAACCCUCAGCGCGGUGAUGCUGCGUGAGGAUGAUCCUGGAGAAGCUGCAUCCAUGAGUAUGUUUUCUGAUUUCCUGCAAUCGUCGCUGAAGCACACAUCAACCACAAUUUUUGAUCUUGUAGAAGAGUAUGAAAAUAUUUGUUGUAGUCAGGUGAAUAUACUGAAUAAAAUUGUGAGCAGAGCAACACCUGGACUUCAGAAGUUUUCCAAAACCGCCAGUAUGCUCUGGCUUCUUCAACAGGAAAUGGUCACAUGGAGGCUGUUGGCGUCUUUAUAUAGAGACAGAAUACAGUGUGCUUUAGAGGAUGAAAAUAUGUUUGCAGUAACUGCUCUUAAUGCCAGUGAAAAGGCAGUUGUGGAAGCUUUAUUUCAGAGAGAUUCACUUGUUCGACAAAGUCAGCUGGUGGUAGAUUGGUUAGAGAGCAUUGCCAAAGAUGAGAUUGGAGAUUUUUCUGAUAAUAUUGAAUAUUAUGCAAAAUCAGUUUAUUGGGAAAAUACUUUGCAUACUUUGAAACAGAGGCAGCUAGCUUCUUAUAUAGGAAAUGCCCGCCCACUUGUCACUGAAUUGGAUCCUGAUGCUCCCAUAAGACAGAAAAUGCCCCUGGAUGAUCUGGAUAGAGAAGAUGAAGCCAGAUUACUCAAAUACAUUUUCACUCUGAUCCGUGCUGGGAUGACAGAAGAGGCACAACGGCUCUGUAAACGGUGUGGUCAGGCGUGGAGAGCUGCUACCCUGGAAGGCUGGAAACUGUAUCAUGACCCUAACGUUAAUGGAGGAAUGGAAUUAGAACCUGUUGAAGGGAAUCCCUAUAGAUGCAUCUGGAAAAUAAGUUGUUGGAGAAUGGCAGAAGAUGAGUUUUUUAACAGAUACGAGAGAGCAAUUUAUGCAGCUUUAAGUGGGAAUCUGAAGCAGCUCCUUGCUGUCUGUGACACAUGGGAAGACACGGUGUGGGCCCACUUCAGGGUGAUGGUGGACAGUCUGGUCGAGCAGGAGAUCCGGACGUCAGUGAUGACUCUGGGGGAAGCGGAAGAACUCCCUAGAGAAUAUCUGGAAACAAAUUGGACCUUAGAAAAGGUAUUUGAAGAACUCCAAGCUACCGAUAAAAAGGUAAACAUGAGCUCAAAGCUUAUCCUGGGAGACAUUGAUGGUUUGAUGGAUGAAUUUAGCAAAUGGCUCUCCAAAGGCAGGAACAGUCUACCUGGACACCUCCUCCGCUUCAUGACGCAUCUCAUUCUGUUUUUCCGGACUUUGGGGCUACAGACCAAAGAAGAAGUUUCAGUUGACGUUUUGAAGACAUACAUACAGCUUCUAAUAAAUGAAAAGCAUACAAGUCUCAUAGCAUUUUAUGCCUGUCAUUUACCUCAAGACCUAGCGGUUGCCCAGUAUGCAUUGUUUUUGGAAGGCGUUACAGAACUUCAAGAGCGGCACCAUUGUCUAGAGCUGGCUAAAGAAGCAGAUUUGGAUGUUGCAACAAUAACCAAAACCGUGGUUGAGAAUAUUCGAAGGAAAGACACCGGUGAAUUCAGUCAUCAUGACCUGGCACCAGCUCUCGACACCGGCACUACUGAGGAAGACCGCGUAAAGAUCGAUGGGAUCGGCUGGCUGGUGUUUGACCCAGCACAGAGGGCAGAAGCUCUAAGGCAAGGCAAUGCAAUCAUGAGGGGAUUCUUAGCAUCAAAGAAACAUGAUGCUGCAAAAGAAGUAUUUGUGAAAAUUCCUCAGGAUUCUAUAGCAGAAAUCUAUAAUCAGUGGGAAGAACAAGGAAUGGAGAGUCCACUUCCUGCUGAAGAUGAUAACGCCAUCAGAGAGCAUUUGUGCAUUCGAGCUUAUUUGGAAGCCCAUGAAACCUUUAAUGAGUGGUUUAAGCAUAUGAAUUCCGCUCCUCAGAAGCCUACUUUAACUCCUCAGGCAACUUUCACUGAGACAGUGGCUUAUGAACACAAAGAAAAGAAAUAUGAAAUGGAUUUUGGCAUUUGGAAGGGACAUUUGGAUGCCCUAACUGCUGAUGUAAAGGAGAAAAUGUAUAACGUCCUAUUGUUUGUUGAUGGAGGGUGGAUGGUGGAUGUUAGAGAGGAUGCUGAAGAAGAUGAUGAAAGAGCACACCAAAUGAUUUCACUGAGGAAGCUCUGUCUGCCAAUGUUGUGUUUUCUUCUUCAUACCAUACUGCACAAUACUGGUCAGUAUCAGGAAUGUCUUCAGUUAGCUGACAUGGUGUCUUCUGAGCGUCACAAGUUGUAUCUGGUAUUUUCAAAGGAGGAACUAAGGAAAUUGCUACAGAAGCUAAGGGAGUCCUCUCUAAUGCUUCUAGACCAGGGACAUGACCCAUUAGGAUAUGAAAUUCAGCCAUAAUUCAUUCAUUUUUUGUAAUCCUACUAAUCUACAUGAUAAAUGGUGUUCCUUGUAAAGUAUACAUAUUUGUAAUUACUGGGGAAUUAUCUUCUGUGUUAUCAUGGGGGAAAUGUUUGUAAACGCUCAAGAUUGCAUUUUGUACCUUUUAGAAUAUUAUAGUGACACUGAAGUUUUAAUGUAUAUGUCAGUAUUUUCCUGUUUAUUAAUAAAAUUAUGAAAAAUUA